AUGGCAGCGCUCUCUACGGCUACACGUGAAGUGUUCAUUGAGGGUGUAAGAGCCGUUUUAGAGACUUGGCCAGUGUUGCAAAUUGCUGUUGACAAUGGCUUUGGGGGAAUGUAUAGCAAGCAGAAAGCAGAGUGGAUGGUUGAUGCAGUUCAGCAAUAUUUCCAUGACAAUGCUGAUUUGCAGUUGUAUGAAGUGGAAGACUUUUUAUCAGAGGUGAUGAACAAUGAGUUUGAUACGAUGGUGGAUGAUGGCAGUUUGCCGCAGGUGGCAGAGGCGGUUUGUCAGAUGUUCCGGCAGUGUCAGCAGGGAAAGCUCUCCGAGGUCAGAGAACAGAUAAACCAGCUGGUAAAGGUUAAAGGCUCCGGGAGGGUAAAGGCAACACCUGUGAAAAAUCCGGCAGGGGAGGAGGAGGAGAGUGAAGAGGAAGAAGAGGAUGCAGCAGAGUCUAUGGAGUGUGAGGCCGAGACUGAGGGAAGUAGUUCUGUCGCCACGGCACAAAAACAACAAGAGCCCUCUUCAACGCAGUCUCCUGACGAAGAUGGCUGGACAGUCGUACGCAGGAGGAAGUGAUCUGUGGAGUAGGUUACAGCUUUAUAACACAUGGGGUUGACAAGAGGUCAUAGAGUAACUUCCUAUUCUGGCAGCUCUGGAUUUUAUCAUGAAACUUUGGCAAAAACAGAAAACAAGUCAAGCCCAAAAGUGUCUGGGCAGCACAGAGAAGUUAAUAUGAUAUAGAACAGUGAUACUCACCAGUGCAGAAUUCAGUGAGCAGGAGAAAUGCUCAUUAUCUCAGAUAAAAUCAGUAUAAGUAGAGCUGUCGUUUUGUUACUUGGCAGAGCUGGAGCUCUCUUUUGUAAUGAAGUUACAGUCUGUGAUUGGCAUGUUGUUGCAAGUGAGCUGUGAACCAUUAGCAGUGACCCAGUUAGCUGACAGGUGCUAAUCUUGCACAUUGUAUCCUUCAGGUAAUUUCACAUUGUCAGACACUAGAAAGCCCAUUCCUUUUCUAGAGGAGACAUAAUUUAUUUUAUAUCCCCAAAGUCACUGUGCCAAAUACUAAUCUCCACACACAUGUAUGAGAGCAGCAGUCAUCUGUAACUCUUGUUUUUUUGUUAUUAGCAGGGUUUGUGUAUUUCACAGUUUCUGAAGUAAUAGAUUAGUCAUUGCCUAUUAUUAGCUCAUCACAUGGUCGGGCUGAUAGAGCUUUCCUGAAAAGGCCUGGAUGGCCACCCAACAGCAGGAAUGGAUUCACACUCUCAAGAGCUUUCUCACUUUUAGCUCUACACUGCCACCCUGUGGCCUCUGUUAUAUCCAGGACAGAUGCAGUGUACUCAGCUGUUGCUUGCACAUUUUGCCAUUCAUGUGUCCACAGUAAUUGUAUAGCUAUGAAGUUUCUUGUUAAAAUAUUGUGAUCCUGGAAAAAUGUCUUUUUCUUUUUUCUGUGUGUGUU